CAAUUCCGCCCUGAAAGGAUGCGGUAUUCUUCACUUCAAAUUGCUUGGAACCGUAGAUUGAGUGCCUAUGAGGGUCGCAAACACUGCCCGGCGAUCCUGAUGGAGACUCUCAAUAUCAAAAUAUCGGCACAGCCCUUGUGGUUCUCAGGCUAAAAUCCUUCGCCUUGGGGACAGGAGAUAGUCCGAGUUGAGAUUAAAUAGCGAACAUGUCCCCCGUCAAUGACUUCCGAUAUGAAGCUUCAUACUUUUAAAUCACCAUUCUUCUUGGUUUUUUCUUGACAGGUCUUGUGAAGCCGACUACUGCAAUCAUGGCUAUCGACUAUCGCCAUGGAAUCUCCAUCCUCGAAUUGAUCAUAUACAUCCCCACCUUAUUCACAGCCCUAUGGAUGGCCUUUCGCCAUGGAUUCACACGAAGCUCGGGCUGGAUAUUCUUCGUGAUCUUCUCGUUAGCUCGAAUCAUCGGCUCCUGCUGCUACCUAGCCACCAUCAGCAAUCCUACAUCAGUCGAUCUCUACGUGGCAUGGGCAGUCUGCACAUCCAUCGGAGUCUCGCCUCUGACCUGGGCCUGCAUUGGCCUGUUGUCUCGAGCUAACGACUCGAUCCAACGGAAAUCCGGCCACGCUCUGCACCCCCUCCUGUUCAAGGUGACCGGCCUGCUCACCAUCGUAGGCAUGAUCCUGGGCAUCGUGGGCCAAACGAAAAGCACCAGCCCGACGGAAGGGCUGUACAACUCCAAGACCAAAGCCGGCCUGGUGCUGUACCUCAUUGCGUGGGUCGGCCUCUGCAUCCUGCUGCUCCUUAUCUCUCUCCGCUAUCAGCGGAUCGAGGAAGGCGAGCACCGCCUGCUCCUGGCCGUCGGCAUCUCGAUCCCUUUGCUGUUCGUGCGCAUUCUAUACUCUCUGCUGUCGGCCUUUGCCCAGAAGCCGGAGUUCAGCUCGCUCGCCGGAAACGUCACCAUCCAGCUGUGCAUGUCGGUCCUGGAGGAGAUUGUGAUCGUCUUCGUGUGUCUGGGGAUCGGGCUCACGUUGUCCGUCCGGCCCGCCUUCGAGCCCUUCCAGGCCAACGCCCAGGAUGCACCGAUGCUCGAGUCGCAGUCGCAGCCGGACAUGUCGAGUAUGGAGUACGAGAGUGCGAAGCCGGAGCGCAGGUACAAAAAGCGUCGGGGUGGUCCUAUUAGGCAGCUCGUUGGGCUUGCAGUCGAUGAGAUCAAUUACCGACGUCAGAAGUGAACCCUGACUUGAGUUUUUGGGGGGUGUCUGGCUUUUUGGUUAUUGAGUAUGGAAGGCAUGGCGCUUCUUUGUACAUUGCUAGGAUUAGUUCUUCGCCGGCGUUUGGUUCUAUGUCCCAGAC